CCAUAGACAAAACGACGAAGUAGUGUCUCGCGAGAAUUUCAGUCCUUCCAGUCCAGCUUGUCCUUGCUAAGUUGAGAUGGGGUACUGGGAUUUACCAGAGGGCACAGACUGCGUCGAAAAAACAUGGCUCACUACCAAACUAGGCACGGCUUUGGGCCUGGUUGGUUCAGCCUAUCACAUCGUGGCAUUCCAGCCUGAGUCUGCAUUGACAGCGCUGCAGAGGGCUACCAAUACAACUGUUACCAUGGCCACCAUGGGAGCCAUCUUCGGAAUGGCAACGUGCCUCAGUGCUCAGGCUCGUGAAGCUCCAGAUGACCCACUUAAUUACUUCAUCGGAGGCUGUACCUCUGGGAUCUUCCUGGGAGCCAGAACCCACAGUGCUAUGACCGGUACAUCGGCAUGUCUGGGUCUGGGUACACUGGCCUUUUUCACAAAAGUCGGCAAGAUGGAGGGCUGGAAGCUAGCUGGUCCCCCCAGAGUAUGAGGAGGAAGAUUACUGUACUAUGAGUUGUAUUGUAAAAAGAGUGUAAUAAAGUUCUUGAAAAUGGCAAAGUGCCAGAAACAAUUCAUUUGAUCAUUGCAGAUAAUAAAUUCUGAAAUUUA